AUGGACUACAACUAGAAAAGACUAUCCUAGACAAAUCACAAGGUCAAGAUCCCCUAUAAAAUGCUCUAAGGUAUGCAAAAGAAAUCAAUUGAGAGAGCAAAUGUACAGAAAGACAUGGACAGAAAGCUAGGGGUUAUUGCUGACACUAAUCGUUUAGGACCCAAAAAGAUGAUGUAAGGUUACUUUGAGAGAAAGGAAGAACAGAAAAAAGAGAUAUCUAGAUAGAAUUUAGAUAAGGAUCGUGGAAUAAAUCUGCAUUUAUAUUCAGCUGCUAAAUUCAGAGAUGGCGCUCUCAAUCUGACAAAAGAAGGCAUUAGGAAAAUUGAGGAAGACGAUGAUGGAAGUGGAAAAUAACAUAGAUUAGGACCAAAGAAGAAUAAGAAGACUUUCGACGAAAUUCAAAAUAAAAGAUAGAGUAAUCCAGAGUAUAUGACUGGUAAAAGAUUCAGAAAGAAGAAAGGAAAUGUUGCUAAGAAGUUUAAAGGCAAAAAAAAGGGGAGUAAGAGAAGUAAACAUUGA